AUGGCGUCCGGAUAUGGAAUGCAUGGGGGCGUUGGACGCUGCUUCUCCUUCUGGCAAGAGGUGAUGGGCUGCUACGUUGUCAAUACCUCCUCCGAUAACGACUCCGGCAAGAUGAAAUGUACAUUGGCACUCGAGGACUACUACGAGUGUCUGCAUCAUAAGAAAGAGCAUGCCAGAGCGUUGGCUAUGCAAGCUGCGUAUGCCAGGUCUGAGGCUGCUACCGCACGAGACGAUGCGCCGAGCGCAAAACAAAUACGCAGCUUGGGCCUACUGGGGAAAGACGAGGAAUCGAAGCAACUCCUGGGACGGGACUAG